AUGUCUGCCGAACAACAAGACCAGAGGCCCAAGUCCUCCGCUUCCUCCAAGAAGUCCGUCACCCGCAAGUCCGAGGACAACCAGCAACGGGGGCACCAACUUUCCGACGACGGCCCCGUUGCCCCAGGUGCCGGUGCCGCCGGUGGUAACGCCGAUGCCUACCAGCAACUCUCCGACGACCAGCCCGAGACCUCUUCUGAGAACGGCGAGCAAAAGGCCGACAAGCCCAAGAAGGAGAACCCCCUCAAGAAAUUCAUCGCCUCGCUCAAGUCGCUCAACUGCGCCGGCAAGCCCGCCAACUUUGACAAGAAGGGCAACAAGGAUGGCGGCGAGAAGAACGAUGAGGACGACGAUGAGAACACCCCCAACGCUAGGCCCGUGAGCCAGAGCUCGUUGGAGAGCAAGAAGGUCGUUACGGAGAAGAACGCGCCACAGAUUGAGGUUUCGCCUUCGGUGGAGGAUCAUCAUCAUGAUGGCAGCAAGGGGGAUAAGGAUGGAGAGGAUGAGAAGAAGGAGGAGCAUCACAGUGGAGAGAAGAGCCCGGUUGAUGCGCCGUUGACGACUACUACUAUUAGUGCUACGCCUCCUACUCUUUAG